CCUCAUCAACCAGUGUUCCGGAUUUGGUUUCGCAGCUCGCUUGUCUCUAGUGAUCCAACCCUAAACCAUGCCAGAUAUAAAAGGAGGCUUCAUCCGCCGCCGGCCGCCUCGCAGCGAGAUUUCAAACAGAAAGCCUCUGUCUGACCGCCGAAAGUUCCAAAACUGUCUGAAGAUUCGCAAAGGGUUGAUAUUCACGGCACAUAAAAGCAUCUGGGCCUGCCUUCUAUCUAUCACAGCCAAACCUGCGUCCCUUUUUUUGGUUCUAGUAGUGCCCGUUUACCCUUCCAUACCGUUCGAAUCUUUCACCUGCCGAAUUCAAAAAAUCACAUCUGGACCCCGCUAAUCACAUGGGAAAAUGUCGCCCUCAACAAUCACCUCACCCACCGCUGUGGACGUCCACCACGAUAACGGCUUUCAUCGCAAAAGGAGCGUAAAGUCAAAUUACGCAAAGCCGGCGCCAGUGCCGGUCAUCGAUUUGCGCGGAAACACAUCCCAAUCGAAUACGGACGAUAACCUGAAAGCGUCCAUUAUCAAAGGGCUCUCGACGAAAAAUGUCGAGUACCACUUCGGCCCGCAGGGACCAACCCUCGUCCGAUCGGUCCCGACCAUGGUGCUGUACGACGACAAAGGUCUGGAGAUCUUUGACAAAAUCACGUACGUCGAGGAGUACUACCUGACCGAAGCCGAGAUUGACGUGCUCCAUUCGCACGCCGUUGACUGCGUAUCGCGCGUUGCUGGAAACGGCAGCAUCUUUGUCGAGCUCGGUUGCGGUGCCAUGCGCAAGACGAAGCACAUCCUGCAAGCGAUCGAGUCUCUUGGCUUGAAGAACGUGACUUACUACGCUGUCGAUUUGAGCGAAGCGUCACUUCGCGACUCCCUCAGUCCUCUCGCAGACGCCUUCCCAACCAUCCAAUUCGUAGGACUUUUGGGCUGUUACGAGGACUCUAUCCAGUAUAUCAGCACCACCAUUCCCGCCACGACGUCAAAGACGUACCUCUGGCUCGGCAGCUCGAUCGGUAACCUCAACCGCCAGGAAGCCGCCAGCUUCUUACGGCAAAUCUGCGACAAGGGAAUGAAUGUCGGCGACACAUUCCUGUGCGGCAUCGACCGCCGCAAUGCCCCCGAACUUGUCGGCGCGGCGUAUAACGACUCGCAAAAUGUGACACGAGACUUCAUCAUGAACGGUUUGGAUCACGUCAACACGAUUUUCCGCGCAAACGUCUUUGAUCGCUCUGCUUUUGAGUAUCUGUCCAUCUACAACGCCGUCGAGGGCCGACACGAAGCAUACUACAGGUCGCUGAAAGACCAAACGAUAUCCGCCCCCGGUCACAACCAGAUAUCGUUGACCAAGGACGAGAUCUUGAACGUCGAGUACAGCUACAAGUACUCCAAGGAAGAGGUAGACGAGCUCGUUGAACAAGCGCAGUUCUACAAUGUCGGUAAAUACACCGACAGGAGGCAAAUGUACGACCUCCACCUGUUCCAAAAGCCGCCAUUCUUCUUCAAAAAGUCCAACGAGACCCUCACCAUCUUACCCUCGAUGGAAGAGUGGGGGCAGAUGUGGAAAGCAUGGGACCACAUCACAACGACCAUGAUCCCGGCUUCCGAGCGGCUCACCCGCCCCAUCGCAUUACGACACCCCUUCAUCUUCUACCUGGGCCACAUCCCCGCGUUCCUGGACAUCCAGCUGGCCCGCGCGGAAAAGGCGCCUUUGACAUCGCCGCAAUCGUUCGCACGAAUCUUUGAACGCGGCAUCGACCCGGAUCUUGACGACCCCAGCGUGUGCAACCCGCACUCGGAGGUGCCAGAUCAGUGGCCGGAGGCGGAAGAGAUCAUGGAGUACCAGGGACGGGUGAGGGAGCGGUUGCGCAAGGUCAUGGACGAUGUUGCGCAGGGGAAGGACGUUGGAAAGCGCUUGAAGCGAGCGCUGUGGAUGUGCUAUGAGCACGAAGGCAUGCAUCUCGAGACAUUGCUCUACAUGCUCGUCCAAUGCUCCACCGCUGUCCCGCCUAAGGGCAUCCUGGCCCCGAUUCCCAACCAGUUCCCAUCGACCAAGCUCGCGGAUAUGAUCCGCGUUGCACAUCCGCAGAACGUCAAGACGGGAAUCAACGACCAGGAGUACCUCGAUCAUGAGCCCACUGCUGCGCUGCCCGUGACGUUUGGAUGGGAUGUCGAGAAGCCCGCCCGCGAGUUGCCCGCUGGCAAACCGUACGAGAUCCAGUCCCGGACAGUCACCAUCGGCGAGUACAUUCAGUUCCUAGAUAGCGAGAAAGAUGGCUGGAGGGAGGAAACUGGCCUGCUCCCUGCCAGCUGGGCACCCCUUCCAUCAUCAUCUACAGCUCAAAAGGGAUUUCUGACGACCGGUCUCUCCACCUACGGCGUCAAGACGGUAUUCGGCAUCCUCCCCUUAUCCGACUUCAUGACCGCGCCCGUCUCCGUAUCCUACAACCAAGCUCACAAAUACGCCACGACCCGCGGCAUGCGUCUACCCACCGAAACCGAGCUCCGCGAGUUCCGCAGCCAUGGCAAGCACCAGCCACGCAACUACGGGUUCGCGUCCAUGGUCGCGCUCGGGUCCAGUGACAUCGACUCGGACAAACCCGUCAUCGACGAAGGGCUGUGGGAGUGGACGUCGACGGUGCUGAACCGGUCGGAGGAGGACGGCUAUGUCAAGUCCGAGGUAUAUCCUGGAUAUUCGAGCGACUUUUUCGAUGGGAAGCAUAAUGUGGUGUUGGGCGCCUCCUGGGCGACCAUCCCGCGUAUCUCCGAGAGAGAGAGUUUCACCAACUGGUAUCAGAGAGGAUACCCGUAUGUGUUUGCUGGGUUCCGCCUGGCGCGGGACCUUUGAGUUUAGGGACUGUCUUGCCUUCUUGUUUUUGCCUUGACUUGCUUCGUUGUAUAUAUCAUAUUUUUGCAAUUUCCAUUAGACCCUUGAAUUCAUCU